AUGAGGCGAUACCCCAUGGAGCAGCUGGAGAGGAAUGACUUUCUCUUCCGCUUCCGGAACUUCCCACUGGCCCCUGGCUGGGACUUUGGGGUGCUGUGCGGCCUGGUGGAGCGGCUACAGCUGGGCACCGUGGUCUCCUCUGACACUCGGGUCUUUGAAAGCCAGGUCAACUGGCAUGCGGAACUCAGCUUCCUUAACUGGCUCUGGUCCCUGAAGCCCCCCAAUGGUGACUUCCUGGUCACCUGCUUUGUCUCCUGGAGCCCCUGUUCCGGCUGCGCAGAGAGGGUGGGCGAGUUCCUGAGGGCCCACCCCAACGUGAGGCUGCGUGUUCUGGCCGCCCGCCUCCUGGCCCCCUGGGACCCGGCCAACCGCGAGGGCCUCCGCCAGCUGCACCAGCAGGGGGUCCUGGUGGACGUCAUGUCCCUGCAAGACUUUCGCUGGUCGUGGGAACUCUUUGUGCGGCCAGCGGGAGCGGCCUUUGAACCCUGGUGGGGUCUCGUCAGGAAUCACGGGCUCCUGUUCGUGAGGCUGCAGGACAUUCUGGGCUGGGUCCAGAGGCUGAGCCUGGCUCCCCGGAGGCUGCCUGCUGCGGCCCAGGACUCCCAGAAUGACGCGGAGACUGGCGGGCCCGCAGCCCGGGGGCAGUUCCUGGGUGUCCAGAGCCUGGCGGUGCGGGUCCGCCCCCGAGGACGAGGCCCGCGGUUUCUCCCGGCCCGCAGGACCCGGAUGGAAAUAGACACCUUCAUGCAGCACUUCGACAACAGCCGCAGCAACUACAUCGGGGCGACGCUGCUGUGCUAUGACGUGCAGGGCGCGGGGAACCAGAGGAGGGGCUUCCUGCUGAACCGGGGCCUCAACACGGACUGCCCCGCCCACGCAGAGGUGCUGCUCCUGCGCAGGAUGGUUGAGGAUUGGAGCCUGACCCCCGAGCUGCCCUGCAGCGUCACCUGCUACAUCUCUUGGAGCCCCUGUGGCGAGUGCGCCUGGGAGCUGGUGCAGUUCCUGCGCCAGCACCGCCGCGUGGAGCUGAGCAUCCGGGCCGCCCGCAUCUAUUCCAAGCCCGCCCGCAUCUAUUCCCGGUUCGAGUACCAGGAGGGGCUGCGCGCCCUGCGGGACGCUGGGGCCCGCGUCUCCAUCAUGACCAGGGCAGACUUCGAGCAUUGCUGGGCCACCUUCGUGCAUAGUGAGGGGCAGCCCUUUGACCCGCCCCCCUACCUGGAGGACACCAGCGCAGAUCUCGCCAAGGAGCUGGAGGACAUUUUGCAGACUCAGGAAGGCUCAGCGCGACCCUCGGGUCCCUGAAGACGUCAGAGACUUGAAGGGGCAGCCGAGUCGCAACUUCUUCCGGACCUGCAGGCCUCUGGUGGCCACCCUCCCCGGCAUCUGCAUGCGAGUGUCCUGGCACCGGGCCCAGGAACUGGAAUAAAGCUUCUCUCUU